AGUUCCAUGUAUAGCAUUUCAUUCUUGAAUUGGCAACGUUCAGGUUUACUACAACCGCUAGAUUUGUUUUUCUAGAUUCGUUUUCAGUUGUGUUCUGAUAGUGUACUGUGUAGUUUGUCUCCAUUGCGAGUUUCAGUUUCUACCCUUCAGGAAAUAUGACGGAAGCGGCAAUUAAGGUAGCUAUUCGAGUCCGUCCUCCACUUCUUGGUGAAAGCAUGAACGAAGAUAUAGACUUAAAUCAGCAAGGUACAGCCAUUGAGAUUAGAAAUGCGUCAUUUUCUUUCGACAUUGUUUUUCCUCCUGAGACUUCUAAUGAAGAUGUGUAUAAAGGACUAGUGUCGGAGAAGAUACAACAUUUAUUUGAGGGUUUCAAUGUUACCAUUUUAGCAUAUGGCUCAACUGGAUCUGGAAAAACAUUUACCAUGGGAACCGCAUCUAUUCCCCAAGAUGAAGAUUCUAAAGGAUUAGUACCACGAGGCUUGCAGCAAAUAUUUGAACAUACUCAUUCUAUUUCCCAAGAUACAAGUGUUGUCAUCAACGCAUCUUUCUUUGAGAUUUACAUGGAAACAGUAAAAGAUUUAUUGAAGAACCAAUCAACAUACAUUCCUGGUGAUUCAAAAGAGGCUAAAAUCUCAAGCAUGACUCAAAUUAAUGUGAAAAGCUAUAGCGAAGCUAUGCAAGCACUCAGAAGAGGAACCCUAUCAAGAACAACUGCAGUGACCUCCAAAAAUGCAAGAUCAUCUCGCUCUCAUGCUUUUUUUCUUAUUUCGAUGAUAAUGACGAAUAAGAAAGAUGGUAAAUCCAAAUACGCCAAGUUUUUAUUCGUGGAUUUGGCUGGCAGCGAGCGCGCAGGAGUUGAUUCUUCAGAAAAAGAAUUUAAGCAAGGUGUCCAAAUAAAUAAAGGCUUGACGGCGUUAGGCCGUGUAAUUUCCUCAUUAUCUACAAGGGAAAAGCAUAUCCCAUACCGAGAUUCUCUAUUAACCAGAUUCUUGCAAGAUUCAUUCGGGGGAAGCUCCUACACAGUAAUGGUGACUUGUGUUAGCCCUGCUCAAUCGACCUUGGAAGAAACUCUAAGUUCACUUCGAUACUCAGCCUGUGCAAAAAAAAUUAAAAAUAAUGUAGUCAUCAACAAAGACUCAACGGAUCUUAUUGAACACCUUAAAUUAGAGCUUGGAAGAGUAAAAAAAUUAGGCUUGGAAGAAAAAGAAAAACUGAUGAAUCAAAUCAACAGCCUUAAUGAUAGGUUAAAAAUGGCACAAGAUAAUUCAAAGAUGAUGAAGGAAAAACUGAUGGAUUUUACAACAAGCAUUCAAUCUUUAGAGGAAAUGAUGUCGUCAAGCACUUUUGAAAAGUCCCUUUUACAAAUUUGCCUUGAUAUUGUCGGAAAUAUCAAAAAAGAUUUGAACAGCUUGAUUGAAUUGCAUAAUUUGGGAGCCGAAAGAGACUUAGAACUUAUACGGUAUGAAGAAAAAUGUAAAGAAGCUGAAGAUUUGAAGAAAAAAUUAACUGAUGCUGAGGAAAAAAUUCAACAACUUCGUUCGACUACUACUACUAGUGCUACUAGAAGAAUAAGGUCCCAGCCACAAUGUUCACAUGAUUCGAUGAUGGAGGAAUUUAUAAACUUAAGCGAAGAUGAAGCAUCCUUUGCUCAACAAUCCGAAUUACAGGACCCUGAUUUUCGUGGAACACCUAUGUAUAAAAGGAAGCAAUCCAAGGCCAAGCGAAAAAAUCCAGAGGGUUUAGAGCCUUUAACCAGUCCAAAACCUCCAAAAACUUUAUCAACUGGUUGUAGUUGUCCCGGUGACUGUAGUUCAAUUCGUUGCAGCUGCAAAAAGAAGAAACAAACGUGCACUCCUUUAUGUGAUUGUGUUAAUUGUGAGAACCUUUAGAGGUGAUUUUUUCUAAGGAUCGAGACACAUCUAACCACUAGUUCACAUCCUCUCAUUUUGUAAUUUCAUUAAAAAAAAAGAUUAUAUUAUAAAACUUAUCAUAUUGUUUAUAUAUUCACACUUUGUAAAGUUUUAAUGCCAUUAAAUUUAUUGACAUUC